AUGAAUGAGGAUGAAAUUGAAGGCGCUGUCACACGUAAUUUGUUUCGAACAGACUCAGAUAGUUCGGACGAAGACGACUCAGUCAUCGACCCGAUAAAAGAAAAUAGUAGAUUUUCGGGCACGCGCGCAACACUACGACGAGAAGUCUUGCACGUCACACUGGAAGAGAAAGUUGGCGAGGUUUCUAUUGCACAACAGCUUUGGCCGGCAGCAGAGUUCCUGGCUCGCUAUAUCCUCGACGUGGCGGAAUCCCUCGAGACACAAGCCAGCAUUGACCUGAAUACACACGUUUCCAUAUGUUCUCGAGAGAACGAGCAGCGAAGUAGCGCAUUUCGAGCCCUUCAAGAAGCACUCGAAUCGAAAAAUUCUGAAAAGGCAGCUCCUAUCAUAGAACUUGGUGCUGGACUGGGAUUGACAGGGCUUGAGAUCGCUACUCAGUUGAGCGUCCACGUGCUCUCAACUGAAUUGGAAGAAGGAAUACCAAUGUUGAAGACAAUCAUUACGGUGAACAAAUCUGCAUUCAAACUAGGAGAAAAGGCAGUCGAAGCACAAGAACUUAUGUGGGGUAAUAAAGCACAGAGUCAAGAUGCCUUGUUGUGGUAUGAACGGGUAUGUGGAGGGGUGCCAAGACCUCUGGUUGUUCUCGGCUCUGAUGUUGUGUAUUGGGAGGAAUUGCACGAUCCGUUGGAACGUACACUGUAUGAUUUGCUCUCCAAUACUCCUCCUGGUUCUAUUUGUAUCCUAGCUGGCAUGCGCCGGUGGAAAUCAGACACCAGCUUUUACAAAACAUUGGGAAAAAGAAGUCGAACUGCAAGCCAUGAACUUUAUUGCAGUUUAUUGAAGGAAGACCUGCGACGUAGUGAAGGAAGUCGGCAGAUUAUGCGAAUCUACGCCGUACAAUGGGUUGAACGAGAGGCGAAGAAGGCAAAGCAAGCUAACGGCAAGAUUCAAUUAGGCUUCCAAUGA